CGGCAAACGGCAGCAACAUCAUCGACUCAAUCAGUGGAUAAUCUCUAGGAGGAAAUGAGACCCAUGCUGAUCCUUGUGGCCCUGGCUGGCUUUGGCCUCUGCGUCCGGGCAGAUGUCUCCCACCUGUAUGGAGGAGGCCACCAUGAUCACGGCUAUGAUCAUGAUCAUCAUCACCACCACGAUCACGACCACGAUCACCACCACUACGAUGCCCACUCCCAUAGUCACCAUGAUCUGUCGCACGAUCACCAUGAUCUACACAUCGAUCUGCACUAUCAGCCGGAUCACCAUCAUCAUCACCACCACCAGGCCAAGUCCGCUAUCUCCGGUGGAUACAGCUAUGGAGCUCCGGAGAAGCCGCGCCAGAAGUACCUGCCCCCCAAGGUGGCCCUCCCACCGCCACCUCCUCCUCCACCCAAGGCCACCUACCUGCCUCCCUCGAAGCCCGUGGUGAAGUAUCUGCCCCCCGAACCGGUGGCCAAGUAUCUGCCUCCUAAGGUCGCUCCCAGCCUGCCGCCACCACCACCACCCCCAGUUGUGGCUCCCAAACCCACCUAUCUGCCUCCCAGUCAGCCGGAGACCAAGUAUCUGCCCCCUCCGACGCCCGAGGUGAAGUACCUGCCUCCUGCCCCAGUGGCCAGGUAUCUGCCUCCCAAGGUGGCGCCCAGUCUGCCUCCUCCACCACCACCCCCACCAGUGGCUCCCAAGAAGCUUUACCUGCCUCCUGCCGAGCCAGAGAUUAAGUAUCUGCCACCCUCGAAGCCGGUGGAGAAGUAUCUGCCCCCCGCCAAGCCAGUGGAGAAGUAUCUGCCCCCCAAGCCGGAGCCACAGUAUUUGCCACCCCAGCCAGAAGUGGAUUUCCACAUCCCGAUUCCAUCCUACGCUCUACCCCUGGGUCCUGCCCCAAGCGCCAUCCAGGAUGCCGAUCCGGGCUACCACUACAAGCCACCACUACGUCGUUUCAGGAACUAGGAUAAUAAUAGCCCAACCUAACAACCGAAGA